CGGGAGUGAAGCGCCAAAAAACAAACCAACAAAUGAUUCAUUCAACAACGCAAAACUCGAAUAAACCGUGGUAUAUAUUAUUAUUAACGCUUUAAGGUUAUUAUAUGAACUGAAAAUGACGGAAUUACUUUUCAACAAGAGGUUACAGGUGCUGGUAAAGUGUAGAGAUACGGAUGAACGGCGUUCAGUCAUUCGAAUCAGUAUUGAACUGCAGUCAACAUCAAAUCCUGUCCACAGAAGGGAUUUGGUGGUACGGCUGACGGAUGAUACAGAUCUAUACUUUUUAUACAACCUUGUCAUAUCAGAAGAGGAUUUUCAGAGUUUAAAAGUACAACAAGGACUAUUAAUAGACUUCUCAUCAUUUCCACAAAAAUUUAUCGAUCUGCUUGUGCAGUGUAUCGCUGAACAGGACAAAGAAAACCCACGGUUCCUGUUGCAGCUCACGUCAUCGUCGUCAGUAUUCGACCAUGGUCCUUCAAACCUUAAUAUUGUGGAGACAAACGCUUUUAAACACCUCACACACCUCUCUCUGAAACUGCUGCCUGGAUCUGAUACAGACAUUAAGAAAUAUCUGGCCACAUGCCUUUCUACCAUAAAGGAGGAAAAGCAGCAGUUGGAACAGAAGUUGAGAAAAACUGAGGAAGAUCUUACCAAACAACUAAACUAUGCACAACAAACCCUGUCUGAAAAAAGCAGAGAGCUGGAUAAACUAAGGUCCGAAUGGACGUCACAAACCACAUGUCUGUCCAGCAGACACAUGCAAGAUCUCACAGCUGAGCGUGAAAAAGCCCUUGAGACACAAACACGACUACAGCAACAGAACGAACAGCUUCGACAGGAACUUGAAUCUACUUAUCAACGAAGCACCCAACAGCUCCAAACCAAAGUCUCUGAGCUGGAAACCACCAACAGAGAACUCACAGACAAGAAAUACAAGAACGACUCCACCAUACGAGACCUUAAAGCCAAACUGGCCAGUCUGGAAGAGGAGUCUCAGAGGUCAAAGCAACAGAUUCUGUCAUUGAGGAGAGAGAACAGCACUCUUGAUACAGAGUGUCAUGACAAAGAGCGUUUAAUAAACCAACUGCAGACGCGAGUGGCCGUCUUGGAGCAAGAGAUCAAAGAUAAAGACCAGCUUGUGCUGAGGACCAAAGAGGUGCUGGAAGCCACGCAACAACAGAAGAACUCUGUCGAAGGAAAUUUUGAAAGUAAGCAACUUCAUAUCAGCAAGCUGGAGGCCACAGUUAAAUCCCUGUCUGAGGAGCUGAUCAAGGCGAACGGCAUCAUCAAGAAGCUGCAGGGGGAUCUGAAGGCUCUGGUGGGGAAGAUUAAAGUAAAGAACACUGUGACCGUGUCGCAGGAGAAGGUCUUGCAGGAAACCACUGAAAAACUGCAGCGGGAGCAACGAGAACUUCAAGACACUCAACAACGACUCCGACAGAAAGAGGACGAGGCAACAAAGUUAAAGGAGCAGUUGGAAGCUACUGUUCAGAAACUGGAUGAGAGCAGGGAGGUGUUGAAAACCAAUGAGAACGUGAUAACAUGGCUGAACAAGCAGCUGAAUGACAACCAGCUGUCUCGAAAGCAGGAAACUCUGGGAAUGUUCGAGACUCCUGUGGCAGGGUCGAGAGCAGGAAGUUUUCCCCACAAUAUGCUUGAUAGCAAAAGUUUCCCCUCUUCUUUGGGCCAGGGUUUCCCCUUCACCUCUACGAUAAACUCCAAAUACCCUCUUCCCUGUGUGAGCUCAGGGACUCGUUCUGUCCUGACAGUGCACAAUCAGACAUCUGGACCAAAGGUGCAGUUUAACCCCAUGAGUGUCAAACCUUCUACAGAAAUGGGGAACGGAAGUCUAACCACACAACCUGCCAAUAAGGAGAAUGGAGAACCUGUUGGUUUGGACUCCAAGUACUUUGAGAGACGAGAUGACAGCAUUCCACUCCGAGGUCUUUUACCCAGCAUGCAUCUGAAUAGAGAAGUGCCCAAACCUCUAAGCAUGGUUGGCCCAAAACCCAUGUGCCAGUCUGCUCCUUCUGCGUACUUCCCAGGAUGACAAACGGUAUAUUUGUAAAUGGACCUGUUUUCAUCACUGCAGUCUGUGUGAAUCGCCAUUUAUACCACCAAGAUGGGAGUCCAUUGCAGACUGUUUUAAGACUUAUUUAUUAAACCCAUUUCUAUCUUGAUGUGUUUAAAACAAAGAUAUUCCGGGCUUGCGGUGAGAUUUGUUUUAGACGGAGUACAUUUGCUUGGGACCGAAUGUCAAAUCUAUUAUGGUGCUAAAUUUUGGGCCUUUUAAAACUAGUGCCAUACGAUUGAGCCAUACGUGAACUCUGGCUAGAGAUAAAUUGAUGCCGUGUUUUUUACACAAAGGUAUAACGUCAUUUUAUUGAAGGUCUCUUUAACAUCCUGUUGAUUGAUUGGUUGAAAAAUGGUAACAGAAUGUGAUCGUGUGGUUUGCUGUGUAAAGCUGUACAUAUUUCUUGUGUUAGAAAAUGAAUUGUGUGUGUGUGUACAUUGUAUUUUUGUAUUUAUGGUUUUAUAUUGUAAACACACUUCAUCCAUUUUUAUCAUGGAUCUCCUGUUGGCUGCUGCUUGUUUGGCAGUAGCAAAAAUUUUAUGCCAAAAUAAAU